GGGACCCAACAAUCCCCAUGAUCAAUAUUCAAUUCUAAUAAUAGAAAAGUCAAAGUCAAAGAUUUCAAAACAGGACAGAAAUGAGCGAAUCAGAAAGCGGGGUGUGCAAGUAAGGUAACGUUUGGUCAACUCAUCUCGUUUAUACUCUUUUACUCAUUCCAAUUCUCUUCAAUUCUUCAUCUUUUAUGUUAAUCCAAACACCACCCAUGUUUUAUUUUAUAAACCCUCCUCUGAUUUCCUUCUAAUUCGCGCAUAAUUGUUCUAAUAUUUUCUGGGUUUUUGGUUUGAGAAUUAGGGUUUUAUAGAAAAUGGGUGGUGCUUGUUCAAUUGGUUGUAUGGGAGGGAGAAUUAGUUCUGAAGAAUUGGAUGAAAAUGUAGAGAUGAAGAACCAAAACAGCGAUAUAAGCAUUAAUAAUAAUCUUAAAAGAAGGAAAAGUUUCGGAAAUUUGAAGAAGAAAAAAAACAAGAAUUCGCUUGAUGAUCCCAUUUCUGCUUCUCCCCAGAGGUUUUAUUCUGGUGAAUUGGGGAUUUCUGCUGAUCUUAAGGUUCCACCUAGAGGUUCGUCAUUUAUCGGAAGAGCUAGUUAUGCUGGCUUGGAGAAGGCUGUUGAUGUCUUAGAUGCGCUUGGAAGUGGAAUAACAAACUUGAGUAAUAGUGGAUUUUUGACCGGCAAGGUGGCCAAGGGUAGUAAAAUAUCGAUAUUGGCAUUUGAAGUAGCAAACACAAUUACACGAGGAACAAAUCUCAUGCAAUCUCUCUCCAAGGAUAAUGUAAGGUUCAUAAAGGAGGAUGUUAUUCCUUCUGAAGGGGUUGAAAAUUUGGUUUCUUCGGACAUUAAGGUCUUGCUUCGUUUAGUUGCUUCAGACAAAAGGGAGGAACUUGAUGUUUUUUGCAAAGAAGUUAUCAGAUUCGGUGACCUUUGUAAAGACCCGCAAUGGCAUAGCUUGAAUCGGUUUUUUAUGAAACUGGAUUCAGAAAAUGCAGUAUACGGACCUCCAAGAGAUCAUGUAGAAGCAAAAAUGCAUGAAUUGAUGGCUUUGGCUCAGCAUACUUCUGAAUUAUACCAUGAGCUGAACGCUUGUGACAGAUUUGAGCAGGACUACCGCCAGAAGGUCGAAGAAUUAAAGUCUUUAAAUUUGCCUCGUAAAGGAGAACAUCUAAUGAUGUUAGACAACGAGUUAAAACAACAAAAGAAGAUUGUAAUGAGUUUGAAAAAGAAGUCCCUUUGGUCAAAAAAGUUGGAAGAGGUUAUCGAGAAGCUUGUUGAUAUUGUCGCCUUCAUCCAUCAAGAGAUCACAGAAGUAUUUGAAGCAGGUGGAACAAAAUCUGGCGAAGAAGAUGCAGCUGCUCAGAGAUUAGGGCCUUCUGGUCUUGCUUUACACUACGCUAAUAUCAUUAACCAAAUUGAUAACAUUGCAUCAAGGCCCGGUUCCCUUCCUCCGAAUAUAAGGGAUACAUUGUAUCGCAGAUUACCAGUUAGUGUCAAGAAUGCCAUGCGCUCCAGUUUGCGGAAACUCCAUCACAAUGACAAGGUUGAAAUCCCUCAAAUUAAAGCAGAAAUGGAAAAAACGCUUCAAUGGCUUGCUCCUAUGGCGUCAAACACUCUAAAAGCGCAUCAAGGUUUUGGAUGGGUUGGAGAAUGGGCCAAUGCGAGCAUUGAAUGUAACAAGAAGACGGCUGUAAAUGGCAGCUUAAUCCGUCUUGAAACACUCUAUCAUGCAAACAAAAAGACAAUGGACGAUCACAUCCUCACACUCAUCACUCUACUUCACCAGUUAGUAAUCGGAAUGAAUCGCAAGGAUUAUACACACAAGACAUUACCGCAGCUUCAGUCUCCUAGCAAAAAGAUCCUGAUGCUUAACCCUCCCGUUACAAGGUUUCCAUCCCUAAGUGAUGUUAGUAAACCCAUGAAAAUCGAGCUCACUGAAGAGGACCGAAAAUUGCUAGAAAUAAUGUGCAAAACAAGGAAUACUCCCGGAAUCAGCAAAAGUCAGGAAUUUGGCAAGACAUCUCAUAGGAUACCCAAAUCUUGGAGUUGGAGUAAGAGUAGCAAAAGUUCUCCGUACGCAGGCGCGAUCUCUUCAUACAAACAACAUUCCGGGGAGCUGCAUCACACAUUUUUUCUAUAAUGAUAUACCUUAAAAGUCAUCGUCAUUUAUUUGUUACGAUUCUAAUGUAUAUGAUGGCAUAUAUCCUUGUUUUUUUUACUGUACAUACAUAGAUAUAGAAUUAUUGAUGGAUUAUAUUCAACUGACUUCAUUCUCUUGAUUUAGGUAUAUGAUGUAAUAAACAUAGUCAAGUUUUAGUUCCAUUAGCUAGUCUGGGAUUUUAAGAAGUGCAAAUCUGAAUUUUUGAUCUUUGAUGGCA